AGAGACAGGUCUGCGUGGGUCCCUGCAGAGAGACACAGCUAGCUGCAGCACAGAGCGGCUCUCGCAGGGUGUGAGUGGCUGAGGUGCUUGUUUGAGCCAUAAUCGGGACAUUUAUCCGACCAAACUGAUGCUAGGUUUACUGAUGGGAGCCUUUAUUCAAUAGCCAUCCCUCCCUCCCUAUACCCCCCCGUCAGACCCUGGCUCGGAUUCGCCACUCGGGCGCUGUCCUCGUCGGGGGGUGCCGGAUCACCAUCGCCCGGUCCAGCUAAGUCCAGGCGGCGGUUCGGUCCCCCUGACCCCCUGCCCCCCUGCCCUGCCUCGCCUCGCCUGUCUGCCGCUCUGGCCGACCCUAGCCGAGCCCGAACAUGGCAGGGAACCUGAAGAAAGGCGGGGGUCUCAUCAACAUGAUGAAGGAUGCCUUCCAGCCACACCAUCACCACCUCCACUCCCAUCACCAGCCCGGGGCCGUGGACAAAAAGACGGUGGAGAAAUGCUGGAAACUAAUGGACAAGGUGGUGCGCCUGUGCCAAAACCCCAAAUUGGCUCUGAAGAACAGCCCCCCUUACAUCCUGGACCUGCUGCCAGACACCUACCAGCACCUGCGCACCAUCUUGUCUCGCUAUGAGGGCAAAAUGGAGACUCUGGGGGACAACGAGUACUUCCGGGUCUUCAUGGAGAACCUAACCAAGAAGACCAAGCAGACCAUCAGCUUGUUUAAGGAGGGCAAGGAACGCAUGUACGAGGAGAACUCACAACCCAGGCGGAACCUCACCAAGCUGUCGUUGAUCUUCAGCCACAUGCUGGCUGAACUGAAGGCCAUCUUCCCCAACGGUCUGUUUCAGGGUGACAACUUCCGCAUCACCAAGGCAGACGCUGCAGAGUUCUGGAGGCGCGCCUUCGGGGACAAGACCAUUGUGCCUUGGAAGAUGUUCCGCCAAUCUCUCCAUGAGUUUCAUCCCAUCAGCUCCGGACUGGAGGCCAUGGCCCUCAAGUCCACCAUAGACCUCACCUGCAACGACUACAUCUCUGUCUUUGAGUUUGACAUCUUCACCAGGCUCUUCCAGCCCUGGUCGUCCCUGCUGCGGAACUGGAACAGCUUGGCAGUUACUCACCCAGGGUACAUGGCCUUCCUCACCUACGAUGAGGUCAAAGCGCGGUUACAGAAGUUCAUCCACAAGCCUGGCAGUUACAUCUUUCGACUGAGCUGCACGCGACUGGGCCAGUGGGCCAUCGGCUACGUGACGGCAGACGGAAACAUCCUCCAGACCAUUCCCCACAAUAAACCUCUCUUCCAGGCCCUCAUAGACGGCUUCAGGGAAGGAUUCUAUUUAUUCCCCGAUGGACGGACCCAAAACCCAGAUCUGACAGGACUGUGUGAGCCUUCGCCUCAAGACCACAUCAAAGUCACACAGGAACAAUAUGAGCUGUACUGUGAGAUGGGCUCCACUUUCCAGCUGUGUAAGAUCUGCGCCGAGAACGACAAGGAUGUGAAGAUUGAGCCCUGUGGUCAUCUCAUGUGCACCUCCUGUCUCACUGCCUGGCAGGAGUCUGAGGGUCAGGGAACAGGAUGUCCCUUCUGCCGCUGUGAGAUUAAAGGUACGGAGCCCAUUGUUGUGGAUCCUUUCGACCCCAAGGACAACAGCGGGGGCUCCUGCAGGAGCGCAUUUGGAGCCGAGGGUGCUCCAUCACCCAGCUAUGACGACGACGAUGACGACAGACUUGAAGACCCCCACCUCAUGAUGAGCAAACUUGCUUGUUCAAAGGUGGAGCGCCCCCCGUCACCUAUGUCCAUGGCUCCUCAGUCCUCUCUUCCCCCUGUGCCGCCCAGACUAGACCUGCUACCACACAGACCUCCCAACCCCCCUGGUGCCUCCAGCCCCGGGGUCACCAGUAAGGCAGCAUCGCACCACAAAGACAAGCCUCUUCCCCUCCCGCCAGCGAUGAGGGGUCUCCCCCCUCCUCCUCCUCCAGACCGCCCCCACACAGCGGCGGCGGCGGCCCCUGAAGGAUGGCUGCAGCGGCGGCCCCUGCCCUGCACCCCCGGGGACACCCCACGAGAUAAGCUCCCUCCCGCACCCCCAAACCGGCCCAUGUCUGACUGGAACUCGCGGCCCGUUCCCAAGGCGCCGACUUCCUCUUCCUCGUCGUCCUCGUCAUCUUCCUCAUCCACCCAAGUCUCCAGUCUGGGCGUGGACAUUCGAGCAGGUGUCAGGGAGCUCUCCAACCGACACUCCCUCCCCUUGGCGCUGCCCUCGGCGUUGGACACACGCUCCGAUGGACAGAAGAACAACAGCUCCCUCAGUCUGGAUCACCAGCUGAGUUUUGCAGCAGUAGUCGGUCAAGAAUAUGACAACCCCAAAGUCAAGCCGUCGGCCUCAGCCAAUGCCAUCUAUUCACUGGCAAAUAGACCUUCUCCAGCCAUGAGGCAAGUGACAGGAGAAGAGGCACGUGACAGCGAGGAGGAGUCGGAGUACAUGAUCCCCUCCUCUCGUCCUGUCCUGCCCCCCAACACGAACCCGCCUGUAGCGGAGACCCCCCCAGUCCCGAGGCCUCCACAGGCUCAGCCUCUAUCAGCACUCCAGACACAGAGUCAAACUUCGUCACACAACUCACGGCUGGCAAUGGCUGAACUAGAGGAUGGACCUCAAAUGUAUGAAGACAUGUACAACAUCCAGUCCAGGUCACAACAAGCCAGAGAUUCAGACUAUUCAGAUUUGCCCCCUCUGACGAUGACCAAUGGUCCCAGAGAGCCAGCAGCCGAGGACCGGGAGGAGGAGGAGAACGGCUACGACUUCCCCAAGCCCCGGCUCCCGAUGCCCACGGCCCGACGGACCCUUUCAGAGCUGGGGGUGUCGUCUUCCUCCUCUUCAUCUUCUUCAUCAUGCUCAUCCUCCACAGCUGCUUUCAGCCGCCUUUCUCUCGAUUCGGACGCUGGAGCCGCAGCACCCUUCUCAGAGCCGGUAGAAGCACCAGAGAGACCUCCAAAGCCCCUGCCCAGACGCAUCAACUCGGAGCGUCGACCCAGCCCCGUCCCGCCCGUCCCCGCCCCACCCAGCAGUGGCGCAACAGGAGGAGAAGCCAACCCUCAAAUCAGCAGCGAGAUCGAGCACCUCAUGAGUCAGGGAUACUCUUACCAGGACAUCCAGAAAGCACUGAUGAUUGCACAGAACAAUAUCGAAAUGGCCAAGAAUAUCCUGCGCGAGUUCGUCUCCAUUCCCUCCACCGCGCAUAUCCUCACAUAGCACGCUCCGUGUGCCUCUCUCUCGUGUUUGCUCUCUUGCCCUAGCUUGGCCCAGCCUGGUUGGGUUUAGGUCGGCACAGCCCGGCCCAAAGCCCAAAGCCCAUUGCCUGCAGCACUACCUCGGUGCUGGCUGACGCCCUACAUCCCUGUGGAUUUUUAACUGGCUGUUACUCCAGCGAGCUCACAGCAUCUCUGGGACUCCGCGCCCUGCACUCCAUGCGCUUUCAACAGUGUCUGGCCUUCUUUAAACUGCUACAGCAGGCCUCUUUGUUUUCGCGGGAGUGAGCGCGUGCGGAACAAUGACGGGACAGCACACGGCGCGAGACUUUCGUUUUAGAAUCCUGGGGAGACAGAUUCUUAUUUUUCAUGUUGAAGCCUCUUGCUGAAAAUGUAACCAACACCUCACAAAUAAAACUAAAAUGUAUGUCUAUAUGAAAAUUUAAUAUAUGAGUAAAUAUAUAUUAAAUGUGUGUAAUAUAUACAGUACGUGCAUAUACAGUAUGUAAAAAUGACUUCAGCUUUGAGUCGCUGUUGGUACAACGAUGUGGGUAGACGGGGACCAGGUUAAGGGCGGGGUUCAGCCCUUUCUCUCCGACUGAGGGAGGGUGUGGAGAAAUAAAUGUGAGGAAGAGGAAGAGUCAGCGCGUCUUCCUCACCAGGAAGUGUUCAGUCAGCAGCAGCAGCUUAGAAGACGUGCAGCAGAGCUUUUUCAUUAUGAAUUCAGUCUGUUAUGGCCUUUGAUUAGCAACGUUGCUUUGGUACUUCUUUUUUUUUUAGAAAAAACAUGCUUGUUUUGUCGUGUUGUAUUUUUCAAAAGUAGCAUGACGAUGGUUUCCGGUCUGGACUGUUGUUGUCUUGCGGUGUGUGUUUAUAUGUGUGAGUUUGCAUACGUGAGCAUGCAUGUGUGUGCGUGGCUACCAGACCUACUCCUCAUGAACUGCUCCUCAAUGAACCCCCUGUUCCUGUACAACAUGAAUGUGGAAUUACAGUCAGUAUGCUCAGACCCGUGCUCUGUAAACGUACUACUGCUCGAACUCAAAGGGCAGGGCCUAGUGUAGCUGUAGAGCCUGGCAGUGAGAUUAUUAGAGGACGUACUAAUGUUGACGACCCUGCAGUACCAGACAGGCUAGUGUUGUGUGAUCUGUGGUGGCUGAAACCUUUUUGUUUUGUCUUCGUCUAACUUCAUUGGCUGGCUGGGUAAAAAAUGUCUGUCUCCAGCUCAGUCCAGUGUUAUGAAACAAAAAAAAAAAACAAUGUCAUUGAUUUACUUUGGUAAUAUAUUAUUGUAAUAUGAUCAUAAAUAUUGUUAUUAUAAUUCAUUCAGAAGUGCUUCACUGCUGCUACUAUUGUUAGUGCUAAACGAUUAAGCCUUAAAUGUACAUUUGUGAAUAAUGUGUUUAACCGUUAUCCUGUUUCUUUAAAGUGACAGUAUCACCUGUGUUUCUCUGGUCCGUAAUGUAGCAUACUUGAAAGUACAAGCAGCUCGUGAGCCUGCAGCCCUCUCAAGCUGACGACUCUUCAGUGUUUUAAAUCUGUUUUUUAUUUUAAUAUAUUCUCAAUAAUUCUAGACAGGUAAAAAAAUAAAUAAAAAGAUGAAAAAAAAAAAGCAAACAAAAUGCUUUCAUGGAAACCAGACAUUUUGUAAUAGAUUUCGGCUUCUCUUUCACUUCAAUUUCCUUUCCUCUGCGGGAGUUCAUCCCCACUGAAAGGCAGUGAUUGCUGAGGCUUUUUUAAAAAGUAGGCUCAUGGGUUUGCUGGCCCACCCCCAAGUCUACAUUAAAAUCAGUAUUUGGGCCAACUGUAAGAACUAACUCAGGAAUAAUGUUUAUCUAAACAAGUGGCGUUCACCCGAGCUGUCAGAACCCAGAGGAGACUCAUCGGCAUAGACAGCAGCUCACCUGCGUCUCUUCUUCCAGGUGACAUGUAGCCAAAAGUAUCCGCUUAAUGAAGUCACACAAGUAGCCUAUUACAUUUUUUUUUUUUUUUGGUCACAAUAUAACUUGCACAUUUUUCUUAUUUUUUCCAUUGUUGGCAGGACUAGAAACAGCAGCUUCAUUUCCAGGUACUAUGAAUAAACAAGAUAAAUUAAUGCAAGGAGCUUUUAGGUACAUUGACUUGAACCUCUCAGCAUAUGAAGAAGAAUGUUUUUUUUUGUUUUUUUUUCUGGGGAAGGGUGUACAUCUUUUCAAUAGCUUUUCAGCUCUUGCUUAUUCUGGUUAAUGUCGUCUGUUGACUGGAAACUCUGGCCAUCCUUUAGUUUUUCUGUUCCUAGUUGCCUUGAGAAACUUCUUGAAUGAUGGGUAAUAGACAGGGAGGUCCCCAAUCCUCAAUACUGUACCAAUGUUUUGUCAAUGCUUCGAGGACAGCAUGUCGUUGUUGUUUAUUAUUAUUUACCUUUUUUUUUUUUUUGCACAGUAUACCAAUUUGUGCUUUGAUACUGUCACUCUAAAGAAAAAGCUCAUUGUAUAAAGUUAGUGAUAUGAAAAGAAAAAAAUGGCUGUUUUAUUUCAUUUUGCAUUCCUGUAUAUGUAUUUUGUUCCAAAGGUUUUGUUUACUUAUGUGAAUAAUUCUGUGAGCAGUGCCAUAUGUUGAGAGAUCCUCACCAUGUUUAGAGGAAGGCCUUGUUUUUGAAGAGAGUAUUGAUCUGUACCUGUUGAUCUCAGAAGGCUAGAUUGUGCAGUCUUGCUUGUAUUAAUCUGUCCUCUCUGCCUUGUAAGGCGCAUCGGGCCUCAUCUAUGAGCGGAGGUGCUGAUCUGUGAAAGUUCUCCUUUUGUUGUCUUUCGUGCCUGAAAGAUAAACCAGGUCCCCAGACCAGUAUUCGGCCUCAGAGAUGCUUGAUGCGUACCUGCCCCCCAUUGCCCUCAGUCCCUGUGUUGGGGUACUUCAACUUUCUGUCAGAAGAGGGAGCCGUUGUUCCAUGUAGCUGUGUCGCUUCUCAUCAGUAAAAGGCAUUCAUUAACUUUUUGAUGGUUUUUAAAGCUCAUAUCACUUUGGAAGUAUGCACAGUGCUGUUAAUAAAAUGAUAAGCAAAAGCC